AUGUUGCUCGGUCUUCAAGUUUUCUUCCUCUUGGCUGCCUUGGUCAGUGGUGCCCCCGCUUCGACGGAUCUUUCAAUUGGGGAUAUCAUCAACGGCCUUGGGAUUGGCUUAGUGUCGAACAUUACCGUGACCAUAACUCUGGAAUCACUCGUUACGAACCUCGUCGACGUCGCAUUCACCGUGAAGAAUCCCCUCCCCAUCGAGCUCACCCUCGAGCGCGUCUCAAGCUCCGCCGGAAUCAACUCCACCGAAUACGCCUCCUUCGACCACACCUUCCUCGAACCCCUCGUCGUACCCAUCCUUGGCACCGCGGAUUCCGGCGUGAUAGAGAACGUGUUGCUCACCCAAGGCGCGUUGGCCUCGCUCGAUAUCAUCCCAUUGGGGUUCCUCGAUUUGCUCAACACCGAUGUGAACUUGCGGGCCGCCACGAUUUUUGGGAAAUUGGGUAUCCCGCUAAACAUCACGGGGCUCAAGCAGGAGAAGGUCCCAACGGCCUACGAGCUUUCCCUGGGUUCUUCAUAA